AAAACCAGCCAAGGAUUACGAGUUUGCACAGAUUCUGAAGCGCAGCAUCUGCCUGGAGCAGAACACGCAGGCCUGGUGUGAGAACUGUGAGAAAUACCAGCCCACGGUGCAGACCCGCAACAUCCGCUGCCUGCCGGACGUUCUGGUCAUCAACUGCGAGGUGAACAGCUCCAAGGAGGCCGAUUUCUGGAAAACCCAGGCUGAGUAUUCCUUUCAGAAGGCCAUGAUGAAGAGGGGAGGCUUCGACAUGGCCAAGGGCAAGGAGAUCUCGCUGGGAGAGUGGAAGGAUUUGGGGAAUCCUGAGGCAGGGCAUUCAUAUCCUUCCGUGGAGGAACUGAAGAACAUCUGGAUCCCCCACGCCAUCAAGAUGAGGCUGAGCAAGAGCAAAGAGCUCGACGUGAGCAACUGGAGCGAGAACGAUGAGCUGAGCCCCACGGAUGACCCUGACUCCGUGUACAUCUACGACCUCAUGGCCACCGUGGUGCACAUCCUGGACCCUCGCACCGGGGGCAGCCUGGUGGGGCACAUCAAGGUGGGCGAGACCUACCACCAGCGCAAGGAGGGAGUCACCCACCAACAGUGGUACCUCUUCAACGACUUCCUCAUCGAGCCCGUGGACAAGUGCGAGGCCGUGCAGUUUGACAUGAGCUGGAAGGUGCCGGCCAUCCUCUACUACGCCCGGAGGAACCUCAACGCCAAGUACAACCUCGUCAGUGAGUGUCCGGGGUGGGAGAGAUGGGGCUGA